AUGGAUUUGAAAAGUUCUGUAUUGGACUGGUUUACGAAACAUUCAAAAAGUGUUGUGAUUGAUAACAAUUCCGUGAGUUCUAGUGGAAGUCGCAAGAGCAGUUAUUCGCAAGCGAAGUUGGAGGAAAGUCAAAGAAAAGCGGAAUUAGAGGCCAGAGCGGCAUCAUUUCAAGAGAAAAAACAGAUAGAAGAGGCCAAAUUACAGUUGAAAUUGAAGGAAGAAGAACUGGAUAUAAAGACAGCUUUAAAAAUAUGUGAUGAGAGAACUAAAAUAAUCGAACAACUGGAAAAAGCUGAUCUGGAAGUGGGACGUCUGUCAGAGGCCGCGGGUGACAUUCAUCUUCCUUUAUCAACAGUGACAACAUCAAUACAGGAUCCCAUCAUGCAUGUGUCUACAUCUAUGAAGCAGUCAAAGUUGAGUCCAUAUGCACCGGUGUUUUCGUCUGUUUCAAGACCAUUACCAACAUGUGAAACAGUUAACCACAUUAACAUAUCUACAUGUACAAUGAUACCUGGUAUUCCAUAUGUGCCAACAAUAACACGCCACAGUACACCAUAUGUGCCUGUUUCAAGUUAUGAAACAAGUCGUCAACCACAGACUCAAGUUUAUUCUCAUCUGUCAGAGCCAACGUUUACAACUGCAGAAAAUCACCACAACACAGAUGAUCUAUUUACAGUUGCAAGAGAGCUCAACAAACCUAAAGCUGACAUUCAAAAGUUUGAAGGAAAUCCAAUGGACUACCAAAGAUUUAUCCGACAGUUCAACACCAAAGUGUGCGCUAACACCAGUUCAUAUGAAGAGCGCUUGAACUUUCUUCUUCAAUUUACCAGUGGUGAAGCUAACAGAAUAGUAACUGGAUAUUCACAUUUGGAUGCAGAAAGAGGAUACCUACAAGCUUUAGAUGAACUUAAGGAUCGAUAUGGUGAUCCAGAUGUUGUGGCUCAUACUUAUGUCAAGAAGGCGUUGGAUUGGCCAGCAAUUAAACCAGACAACUCGAAGGCAUUAGACUCUUAUGCAAUAUUCUUAACCGAGUGUCAAUUUGCUGUGAAUAACGUAAACAGUGCUCGAGUUCUUGAAUACUCAGAAAACAUGAAACUUCUAAUUAGGAAGCUACCAUUCUACUUACAAGAAAAGUGGCGAAAUGUGGUGUAUGAGCUUAAAGACAGAAAACAAGCCGUUACAUUUCAAAACUUAGUAAACUUCGUCCGCAAAGAAGCUAAAAAGGCGAAUGACCCUAUCUAUGGAAAAGAAGUCAUGAAUUCUAGUUCAAGUGCACCAAAACGACAGAAUGAAAGAGUGAACACAAGACCGAGCCGGAACUUUGCUACAAAAACUAUGGAGUCCCAUUCAUCUACAGAAAAUCACACAGUUGCUGUUCAAUACAAACCAAAAUUUUGUGCUUUUGUGAAACCAUGCAUCUAUUGUGAAGGUUCGUCACAUUCCUUGGAAGAGUGCAAGAACAUUAUGAAACUUCCUCUGAAAGACAUAUAUGCAGUUUUAAAAAUGAAAGGACUGUGCUUUUCUUGUUUAAAAUCUGGACACCAGAAGGGAGUUUGUCAACGCAAGUCAUAUUGUAUUCAUUGUAAGAGAUGUCAUCCUUCUAUACUCCACUUGGAUCCUCGACAGAGCUUUGAACCUCCGGACCAGAACAACAACAGAUUGUCUGUACCGUCAGCAUCUGUGUCUUCGGCAGCGCAUAUGGGGGCUGGGGAACUUGUAAGGCAAGCGCUUCCAAUUAUACCAGUGCGACUGAAAUCAAGAAACAGUGACAAAUACAUUUAUAUAUAUGCUUUCUUGGAUUCUGGGAGUACAGCAACAUUUUGUACAGAGAAAAUAGCAAACUUACUUCACAUUGAAGGCAAAAAGACUUUGUUAAAUCUGACAACCAUGGGACAACAGAAGACAGAAAAUUGUUAUAUUCUCUCUGGACUUGAAAUAACUGACGUGAAUGGUGACAAUCAAAUAGAUCUUCCUCCUAUUUACACACAACCAGAAUUACCUGUGUCCAGGAAAGACAUAAUUUCACUGGAGGACCUUCAAAGAUGGCUGCAUUUAAGUGACAUUCACAUUGACAGAAUACCAAUAGAUAGUGAUAUCGGUUUGUUAAUUGGUGUCAAUGUUCCUAAAGCAAUGGAACCAUGGGACAUAAUUCCUAGUAAAGACAAUGGUCCAUUCGCAAUGAAGACUAUCCUUGGAUGGGUAAUCAAUGGACCAAUCGACACAGUUCCAGAAAAUGGCAUUUUCAACACAUUCGUCACGGUCAAUCGCAUUGAUGCAAGAUUAGAACAGAUAAGAUACCAGUUUAAUCAUGACUUUUGUGAGCGGACGAUCGAUGAUGUUCCAGAGCCGUCAAAGGAAGAUAAAACUUUCCUAGAAUUGGUAAAAAAGUCAGUUCAUUUUGAGGAUGGACAUUAUAUCAUUGACUUACCUUUCAAAUCUAAAACUGUUACAAUGCUUAACAACAGAAAACAAGCAGAACAGAGACUGAUUUCAUUAUCCAGAAAAUUUGAAAACAACAUUGAAUUUUGUGAGAGUUAUAAAGCAUUUAUGGACAAAAUUAUCAGUGAAGGUUACGCACAACAUGUUUCUACUGAGAACCUACAACAAAACGAUGGACGUGUGUGGUAUUUACCGCAUCAUGGUGUAUUUCAUCCCAAGAAAAAUAAACUGCGCGUUGUAUUCGAUUGUGCAGCCAAGUUCAAGGGAACUUCACUAAAUGAUCAGUUGUUACAAGGCCCUAACUUGACAAACACACUUAUUGGAACUCUAAUCAGAUUUCGAGAAGAUGAGAUAGCUGUAAUGGGUGAUAUUGACAGCAUGUUCUACCAAGUGCGUGUACCUCUCCAGGAUGCUUCAUUUCUUCGAUUCCUAUGGUGGAAAGAUGGAGAUCCUUCGAAAAGUGUAACUGAAUACCAGAUGGUUGUGCAUUUGUUUGGUGCAACAUCUUCACCUAGUUGUGCCAACUUUUGUCUGCGAAAAACAGCUCAGGAUUGGAAAGGAUAUUUCAGUGAAGAGACUGUUAACACCGUUCUCAAAAACUUCUACGUAGAUGAUUGUCUUAAGUCUGUCAAAUCUGUGAACGAGGCUGUAAUAUUAGUGAAAAACUUACAAAGACUUUUAGACAAAGGUGGUUUUCACAUUUCAAAGUGGAUAAGCAACAGUCGAGAUGUCAUGAACUCAAUACCUGUGUCAGAGAGAGCUAAAGAAGUUAAGACUUUAGAUCUAGAUCGUGAUACUUUGCCGAUUGAAAGAGCCCUUGGAGUCCAGUGGUGCGUCGAGUCUGAUUUCUUCAACUUCAAGCUGGAAUUGAACAAACAACCGCUUACCAGACGAGGAAUUCUGUCGAUGGUCAGUAGUGUAUAUGACCCAUUAGGAUUUUUGGCUCCAUUUGUACUCAAGGCCAAAUGUAUCCUUCAAGAACUUUGCAAGAUGCAAUUAGGAUGGGACGAUAGAAUUCCAGAUGACCUCGUAAUUCAGUGGAAUCAUUGGUACCAGGACCUCCAGAAACUAGAAGACUUCAAAGUGAACAGGUGUAUCAAGCCCUUUGGAUUCGAUCCAGUCAUUACACAGUUACAUCACUUCUCUGACGCAAGCGAAACAGGGUAUGGCACAGUGUCCUACUUACUACUGGAGAAUACAGACGGAGAACGUCAUUGUUCUUUCAUCAUGGGAAAAUCUCGUGUUACACCACUCAAACAGACAACCAUUCCAAGACUGGAGUUGACGGCAGCUACAAUAGCCGUCAAAACCAACAAGAUGUUACUGACCGAGCUAGACAUGCCCAUCGAUCGCGUUAUAUUCUGGACCGACAGUAUGGCAGUAUUACGUUAUAUUCAGAACAGAACAGCAAGAUUUCAUACUUUCGUUGCUAACAGACUAGCAGUGAUACAUGAAGGAUCGCAGCCAAGCAAUUGGAGAUACAUUAACACGAAAGUCAACCCAGCUGAUUACGUAUCAAGAGGUAUAUCGGCCAACAGCCUUAUCAUGCAAGAAAACUGGAUCAAGGCCCCUAGUUUUUUAUUGGAACCAGAGGAUCAGUGGCCCAAACAUCCAAUGGAGAUCGCUGAUACAGAAUUAUUGGACAAUGACCCAGAGGUGAAACGAGUUAACGUCAUAGCAGUCAUCGCAGAGCAACAGAAUUCAGACAAAAUUUUACAGAGUAGAUUCAACAUCAUUCUCCGUGGUACUUGUUGA